GUUUACUUCUUGACAGCUGGAAAUGAUUUCGUUCAGUUCAAUUCUCGUUUCUUAUUUCAACGCGUCGAAAUCGUAAUAGAAUGGCGUCGUUGGAUUCUCAAUUUAUUUGGAGCCUAGAGUUGGACAAUCAGCUCAUGGAGCUGAUAGAACAAUUUCCUUGUCUUUAUAACCGAAACGAUGAAUACUUCAAAGUUCCCUGGAAGCGUAAUGAUGCAAUUGCAGAAAUUGGGAGAAUUUUGGGAUGUGACAUGUUUGAGGUAGCGAGAAGAUUCAGGCAGUUAAAAGAAAAAUACAUUACUGACAUCACUGAAUCCCAGGACGCAGAAAAAUUUGUGAUGUAUGUUCCAAAAGAAACUGAGAAGACCAAGAGAACAGCUGUUGAUGAGGACCAUUCUUCCAAAAAAAAAUAUCAUUACUACGGAAAAUACUGUAUGGAGCAGCUAUGGCAUUAGUCUGGGCCAGACGUUGUCCAACUUGAACCCUCAAGCGGCCUGCUCUCUUCGCCAUUCCAUUGAAUGGCGAAGAUCAUUUGAUCAUUGAUCAUUUGAUCAUCAUUGAUCAUUUUUCAAGAGCUUAACGAAAAUUAGUUUGUUUUUGAUUUAUUUUUAUUGGAAUGUGUCUUACAAUUCAAAUAAAAAUAUGGCAAUGCCUCGACAUUAAUACGCUUACCUUUGUCCUUUUUUCUAUUUCAUGAGA